AUGGAUUUUUUAUUUUAUAAAGUAUUCAAAAAUAAAUAUUUAAUCAAUAAAAUCUAUUCAUAUAUUACACAACACAAUAAAGAACAAACAUAUAUUGGAUAUAACUAUUAUGAUUUCCCACUUGAAUUAAUAUUAAAAACAAAAAAUCAACCAUUAUUAAUUGAAAAAAUAAAUAAUUAUAAUAAAUAUUUUAAAAAUAAUAAUAAUAAUAAUAAUAAUAAAUCAAUAAUAGAAAGUAAACAUUUUUUAAAUUUUAGUGAAUAUUGUUUAAAAAGAUUAUAUAAAUGGAGGGAAUUACCAUUUGAAUUAUUUGAAAUUGUUUUUGAAACAUUUAAAAAUGAAAUAACAGAAAUUAAUAAACAAAUUAAAAAAACCAAUAAGGAAAUUAAAUAUCAUAAUAAAUUAAAUUAUAAUAGUCCAUAUAUAGCUCGAUUGGUUAGAAUUGAUUAUAAUUCAAUUAUAAUUGGUAUUUGUGAUUUAAAGAAACUUAAAUACUUGAUAAAUAAUAAGUAUCUCGAAAUUGAAACCAUAGAUAUAGAACCAAUAUUUAAAAUGUUUGAUAAAUUUAAAAGAACAGUAAAUGGUGAUGAUGAUGAUGAUGAUGAUGAAAUUAAAAAGAAAAAAGAAAUUUUUAGAUACAUCCUUAGUGAAUUAAAAAUUGAUGUAUCAUUCAGAGAAUUGGUACAUUAUUUAGAGUAUAUAAUUAAAACAAAUCAAUCAAAACUAUUUGGUUCACUAAUUUUAGAAUAUUUCCCAAAUAAAUUUCAAAUAUUGUAUGAUCCAUUCUAUUCAGCAAUAAAUAAUUUAUUUAGUGCAAUUAGUAAAUACCAAGAUCAAUUUAUGCUUAAAUUAUUAUUAGAAAAAUAUAAAUAUACACCACUACCACCAACAAAGUUACCUUUAGCACUAUUAGAAAAUAAUGAUGAAAUUGUGAAAUUAUUAGGAAUUAGUAUAGAGAGAUCGAUAUUGGAAUCAUUCGAUAUACCAAUUGGAUUUAUUUUUGAAAGUUUUAACCUAGAUAUUGUAAAAGUUUUAUGUAAAAAUUUUUACUGGAAAUAUUUUCAAAGAGAUAAAGAACCAAUUCACAAACAAAGAUUAAUAUAUGAUUCAGAUGUAGCAAUAUGGUUAAAUGAUAAUUAUUUUGAAGAAUUAAAAAACUUAUAUAAUGUUAAAAUCUCUUGGGUUUGUGAUUACCAACUUAGAAAAAUUGGAAAAAGAGAACAGGUCAAGUUUGAGACUUUACCACUCCCACAACACAAAUAUAUUGAUUACUACUUUUUACAAUCAGUUAAUAAAGAAAUGAUAGAAUCAAAUCUUUUUGAAAAAGAAAUACCAUUUUUUUAUAAUCCAUUAGAAAUUCUUAAUGUUAUUAUCAAGAAUCAAGAUGUGAAUGCAUUAAAAUCUUAUUUUAAAAGGUUUCCAAAAAAGUAUAAUUAUAAUCAAAUUAAAAAAGCAUUUGAAUCUGGCAGUAGUAGUAGUAAUAAAGAAUUACAUAAAUGUUUUUUAGAGAAUAUUAUCAACCAUGGUAAUAUAUGCUUUGGUGAUGGAUCAUCUCCAUCACUUUUUAAAACAAAUCUUAUUUUAUUGUUAAUUCAUUCAAUUCAAUGUAAUUUAAUUGACCUUUUUAAUUACAUUUCACCAAUAAUUUUACAACAUUAUGUAGAACUUGAUGAAAGGUCUUCUUUUUUUUUUAAUCAAGAAGAUGAUAAUAAAAUCUAUGAUAUUAGUAUACUAAAUUUUAAAUUUAAUCCAGAGUUUGUGUCAUGGUUAAAAAGUAACCCAGGAACUGCAAGAAAGUGGCUUUACAAUUCUCAAUUGAGAAAGGUGUAUACUGAUAUCGUAUCUAAUAUGGUUUUCGAAAUUUUAGGUCAAAUCUAUAGUUCAAUUAGUAAAAUAAAUAAAAAAAAUUCUAAAUUUGUAAUUGCUCAAUUAAUUUCAAAUGAAAAUAUUUUAAAAGGACUUUCGAAAUGGAGAUCAAAAACCUUUGCAUUAAAUAUUAUUCGUUUUGCAAUUUUAAAUUCGAUUAUCUUUACAAAUUCUCAAAUUAAAUCUUUUGGUUUUUCUUUAAAUGUUGAACUUUUGUUCAUUUCUGUUUAUAAUGGUGGUUUUUUAAAUGAUUUAUCAUUUUGUUCAAUUUCAUUAGAAAGAAAACUAGGUAAUAGUUUUAUUUUACAUAAAAUUUUAAUUAAAUUAUUUUUAAUUGGUCAUUUAUCAAUUAAUAAUUCAAAAAUUAAUUAUUUAUCAAAAAAAACUUCUUCUCAACAUUAUAAUUUUUUCAUUAAAAAUUUAAAUACUAUUUUUAAUUAUUCUUUAACUUUUAAAUAA